CUUGGUAACCGCAUGGUAACGCGCCUGCUAGACAGGGAUUCCCGCUCACUCGUGGGGGAAAACCGAAACAGCCUCGGGGUCGCUAAGAUACCUCACCCUGUCAUCUGCACUUCACCAUUCACCCUCAUCGAUAUCCAGUGGGUUUUUACCCUGGUCUGUAGGCUCCAGUAGGCCGCAAACCCCGUUCUUUCUUAUUGCAGACGUCCCAUAAGUGCCGCUAUGAAGAUCGAAGAGGUGAAGAGCACUACCAAGACCCAGCGCAUUGCUGCCCACAGCCACGUGAAGGGGCUCGGCCUGGAUGAGAGUGGCCUUGCUAAGCAGGCAGCAGCCGGGCUGGUGGGGCAGGAGAAUGCCAGAGAGGCAUGUGGCAUAAUCGUGGAGCUAAUUAAAAGCAAGAAAAUGGCCGGGAGAGCGGUGCUGCUGGCCGGACCCCCUGGAACUGGCAAGACUGCUUUGGCCCUAGCAAUCGCCCAAGAAUUGGGCAGCAAAGUCCCUUUCUGCCCCAUGGUUGGAAGUGAAGUCUACUCCACCGAGAUCAAGAAAACCGAAGUUCUGAUGGAGAAUUUCCGUCGGGCCAUCGGUCUGAGAAUCCGAGAAACUAAAGAGGUGUAUGAAGGGGAGGUGACCGAGCUGACUCCUUGUGAGACCGAGAACCCAAUGGGAGGUUAUGGAAAGACCAUCAGCCAUGUCGUUAUCGGCUUGAAAACUGCAAAAGGAACCAAACAGCUCAAGCUUGACCCCAGCAUCUACGAGAGUUUGCAGAAGGAACGCGUGGAAGUUGGAGAUGUGAUUUACAUCGAAGCGAACAGUGGGGCUGUAAAGAGGCAGGGAAGAUGCGACACCUACGCGACCGAAUUCGACCUUGAAGCUGAAGAGUACGUCCCCUUGCCCAAGGGAGAUGUCCACAAGAAGAAAGAAGUGAUCCAAGAUGUCACACUCCAUGACCUGGACGUUGCCAACGCAAGGCCACAGGGAGGUCAAGAUAUUCUUUCUAUGAUGGGACAACUAAUGAAGCCGAAAAAGACAGAAAUAACAGACAAGCUGAGAGCAGAGAUUAAUAAAGUUGUGAACAAAUACAUUGACCAAGGUAUCGCUGAGCUCGUGCCGGGUGUACUGUUCAUAGACGAGGUGCACAUGCUGGACAUUGAAUGUUUCACGUAUUUGCACCGGGCCCUGGAGUCCUCCCUCGCACCCAUCGUCAUAUUUGCUACAAACCGGGGCAGCUGCAUCAUCAGGGGGACAGAAGAUGUUGUGUCGCCUCAUGGGAUUCCCCUCGAUCUUCUGGACAGGGUGAUGAUUAUACGUACCAUGCUAUACACACCGCUGGAAAUGAAACAGAUCAUAAAGAUCAGAGCACAGACAGAGGGAAUAAAUAUUAGUGAAGAAGCUCUGAAUCACUUGGGAGACAUCGGCACCAAGACAACUUUAAGAUACGCCGUGCAGCUGCUGACCCCAGCUAACCUCCUUGCCAAAAUCAGUGGCAAGGACGGCAUAGAAAAGGAACAUGUGGAAGAAAUCAACGAACUGUUUUAUGACGCCAAGUCGUCGGCCAAAAUCCUGGCUGAGCAGCAAGAAAAAUACAUGAAAUAAACUUGGUGGCAUCUCUUCCCCAGUGCCAGCGUCAUCAUAGAUGAUGUAAUACCUUGUGUCCUACGAGGCUCUAAGAGGCGUAUUAUUGGGGUUCCACCACCCUUAGAAGAUCGAUCGACCCCCAAAGACCACGUAACGCCUCUGCAGCGCCUGUUCUGAUCUGGGAACCCAAUAAAAUGGACUUGGAUGUUUAUUUGUUGAAAUAGGAACAUUUAAAUUACCAUCAAAAUCUGUAUCUAUUAGUUUUUGGGGUUUUUUUUAAUUAUAAAGCCUUUAACGGUCGUGUUCCACAUAAACCAUUAACAGAUUGCUCUUACAUGUUAAGUAAACAGACAUGUAAGCACUUCUA